CAUGGUAAAUUACAUUUGCGAAUCCAUUAAAACAUUGGUGUAUAAAUCUGUGUUUUUUUAUUCGUCGGAAUUUAAUCAAUGCGUGAAUGUAAUUGCAAAUAUUGAAAGUCGGAAAAUGACGGAUAGAAAAAAAUCUAAAUUGGCGCAACUCAUAGAGUAUCCGAGCAUUUUGACCGAUCCAUGGGUUUACAUCUCCGGGGUCGGCCUAUCAAUUGGGGACUUUGAUGUUGCAGAAUUCUCUAGAGGACUUUUUUAUUCCACGGAGUACGAGUCUGUCGCUCGGGAGACAUCGGAAUUGAUGACAUCUUUAUUUUUUUAUGUAUUGUAUGUUAUUAUUGAAAAACGGCGGGUGUGGGAUUGUCGCCUCGUUGUCGAGUCUAAAAACGAAUCUAUCCUGGCGGCCUUUUAUAAUUUAAUAUCGGACCUCCUGCGACCAUUCAAUUGUAACGCUGCCGCCACAUGUUCAUCCGUACUAAUACGUCAUAACAUGGCGUCGCAGGAGGACCUGAAUUACGGCCGCCUGGAUAAUUAUGAUACUCUUAAAACUCCGAAAAACAUUAAGGCUUUGAAAACCUUUCUCGGUUUCUCCUGCGUGACCGAAUAUACCAAAGUAGUGACCAAAAUUUCUCAAAAGUCUAGUCGCCGCGUCUUCGUUAUGCACCUGUGCAAUUUCGAAGAAGAGGCGACCGUCGAAGCAUUUGUGAAGAAAUAUUUCGAUGCGACCACUCUGUGGCCAUUCGUCCUCGGUCUCUUCAUUUAUUUCAGUACGAGGGAGGACGAGGUGCUGACCGAGGAAUUGCUCGACCUAUGGUCGAAGCAAUAUCCGACCCUCCUGGCCACGUCGAUGAACGUGGCCAAUACCAUGAUGCCGAGCAGGUUUUUCAAAAACGCUUCUAUCAUGGACACGGUUCGGACAACGAUUGGCUUCCAGCAACCUGUUGCUGAGUCGACGCCUACCGGCGACGAACAGCGAUUGGUAUUUGCCACGUUGUCUAGCCAGGAGGUGUUUGAAGGGAUCGAGGACGACUCGAUUAGUAGCCCGGGCUCCGCGAAAAAAUCCGAAAGCGUCCAAUCUGGCAACAAAGACUCUUAUUCGGACGAUGACGAAUUGGAUAUUGCAACCGAGAUGGUAUUGAAGAACGCAGGAGUGCCAAAAUCCAAAAUUGAUUCGUCGGACAGCGAGGAAGAAGAAAUCGUGCGGUACACCUCUUCUUUCAGGAAACGGAAGAAUUGUCUAGACUCCGAUUCUGACAGCGGACCGAUUCCAAAGAAACCUGUAUACUAUUCUGAAAACGAAAUUAUUGAUAUCGACUCGGAUGACGACCAGAACAGAUCUUCAUCGACAUCAUCUCCGGAUUCUCUAAUUAGGCCCAUUGUGAAACGUCGGAGACAAAUUCUAUCCGAUUCAACGGAUGACGAAAUGGUCGAAGCCCAAAAAAGUAAAAGUCCGUUCUGGUCGGACGAGCCGUCAACGCCAAUACCAGAAAGUCCCUGGCUGUCAGAGUCGGAGUGCUCGUCUUUCACCGGACCGGUGGUAUCGUCUUCCGCGGUUAACGCGGAAUCAAUCACCCCCUCACCCAAGUCUCCGAUCCUGCCGCCGUUAACGCCACUACCAGAGAGUCCGAAGCUCUCGGAGUGUUCGUCCUUCACCGGACCAGCGGCAUCUCCUUCCACGAGCAACUCGGAAGUAUUAUCCUUUUCGCCCGAACUUCCGAUCGUGCCGAAGGCAUCGCCCAACGCCGAACCGCUCCUGCAAGAGCCCGAGUCCGAGCUGCCACAUCCAUCUUCAUCACCAUCAAGUCCGCAGCUCGAGCUCUCAUUUUCUCCAUCACAGUUCAGGACGUCGCCGUCGCAGCUCAUACUGCCGCCGUCGCCAGAGACUCUGUAUCCAAGAUCGCCGGCGCCGGUGCCAGAGACUCUACUUCCACCAGUGCCGGUACCACAGACUGUAGAUACAACAUUGCCGGUGCCAGUUCCAGAGACUCUGCUUCCAUCACUGUUGGUGCCACAGACUCUACACACAAGAUUGCCGGUGCCAGUGCCGGAGACUGUGCUUCCAUCACUGCUGGUGCCACAGACUCUACAUACAGGAUCGCCGGUGCCGGUGCCAGAGACUGUGCUUUCAUCACUGCUGGUGCCACAGACUCUACAUACAGGAUCGCCGGUGCCGGUGCCAGAGACUGUGCUUUCAUCAGUGCCGGUGCCAGAGACUGUGCUUUCAUCAGUGCCGGUGUCAGAGACUGUGCUUCCAUCAGUGCUGGUGCCAGAGACUGUGCUUCCAUCACUGUCGGCGCCAGAGACUGUCUUCCCAAGAGUGCCAGUGUCGGCGCCAGAGGCUGUGCUCCCAUCAGUGCCAAUGUUGAUGCCACACACUGUGCAUACAACAUUGCCAGUGGCGGAGGCAGAGACUCUCUUUCCAACAGUGCCAGUGGCGGAGGCAGAGACUCUCUUUCCAACAGUGCCAGUGGCGGAGGCACAGACUUUCUUUCCAACAGUGCCAGUGGCGGAGGCACAGACUCUCUUUCCGACAGUGCAGGUGCCGACAGCACAGACUCUCUUUCCGACAGUGCCACUGGCGGAGGCACAGACUCUCUUUCCAACAGUGCCAGUGCCGACACCACAGGAUGUCUUUCCGACAGUGCCAGUGGCGCAGGCACAGACUCUCUCUCCAACAGUGCCAGUGCCGACAGCACAGACUCUCUUUACGACAGUGCCAGUGGCGGAGGCAGAGACUCUCUCUCCAACAGUGCCAGUGCCGACAGCACAGACCCUCUUUCCGACAGUGCCAAUGGCGGAGGUAGAGACUCUCUUUCCAACACUGCCAGUGGCGGAGGCACAGACUUUCUCUUCAACAGUGCCACUGCCGAAAGCACAGAAUGUCUUUCCGACACUGCCAGUGGCGGAGGCAGAGACUCUCUUUCCAACAGUGCCAGUGCCGACAGCACAGACUCUCUUUCCGACAGUGCCAAUGGCGGACGUAGAGACUCUCUUUCCAACAGUGCCAGUGGCGGAGGCACAGACUUUCUCUUCAACAGUGCCACUGCCGAAAGCACAAAGUGUCUUUCCGACAGUGCCAGUGGCGCAGGUACAGACUCUCUCUCCAACAGUGCCAGUGCCGACACCACAGGAUCUUUCCGACAGUGCCAGUGGCGGAGGCACAGACCGUGCUUCCAACAUUACCACUACCAGCGACGUGGGUGCAUGGUCAAGAUGCGCUAGUGGCACCACAGUCUGUGCGAUUUUUACCCUCGUCAAUGUCGGCGCUGCGGCAGUGCGAUGAAGUGCACGUCCCAUUUACGUGGCAUCGGGAACAAGUACCGGUGGCGGCGGCGGCGGUACCCACCACUCAUUCUGUAUUAUCGAAUGACCAUCGGCAGACGAUGUCGACAGAUAUUUAUUCAUCAUCGCUUCACUCUGGAUUUUGUCCCCCAUCGCUU